AUGGCUCUCCGCACGCGCCCCCUCCUCCGCCGCCGCCCGCCCCUUAUCCGGCGUCGCUCCCUCAGCACCCUCCCGCCCUUCGUCGACGUCCACCCCGAAGUCCAGCAUGCCCUGCACACCAACACGCCCGUCGUCGCCCUCGAGUCCACCAUCAUCACCCACGGCAUGCCGCCCCCCACCAACCUCGCCACCGCCCUCUCCGUCGAGUCCAUCGUCCGCGCCCACGGCGCCGUCCCCGCCACCAUCGCCGUCGUCCAGGGGCGCGUCAAGGUCGGCAUGGACAAGCCCCUGAUUGAGAGGCUCGUGGAGACGAGCAAGCAGGGCGGCGUGGUCAAGGUGAGCAGGAGGGACGUGGGGCCGGUUAUCGCGCUGGGAAAGGAUGGCGGGACGACGUGCAGCGCGACGUUGAUAUUCGCUGCGUUGGCCGGGAUCAAGACUCCCAUUCUCCCCAGCCUGGGCGGCGUCCACCGCGGCGGAGAAAACUCCCUCGACAUCUCUGCCGACCUCCACGAGCUCACGCGCUGCCCCGUCGGCCUCGUCUCCGCCGGCGUCAAGUCCAUCCUCGACAUCGGCCGCACCCUCGAGUACCUCGAAACACUGGGCGUCCCUGUCCUGACGUACGGCGAGACGGAUGACUUUCCGGCGUUUUACAGCCCCGCGAGUGGCUUCAAGAGCCCAUACGCCGUCAACGACCCCACCUGCGCAGCGCGCAUCCUCCACACCCAAUCCCUCCUGGACAUGCCCACCGGCGCCCUCUUCGCCGCGCCCAUCCCCGCCGCGCACCACGCCGCCGCCGCGCAGAUCCAGGCCGCCGUUGAGCAGGCCGUCAGGGAGAGCGAAGAGAACGGCGUGAGCCGCCGCGGGAAGGAGGUCACGCCGUGGCUGCUGAAGCGCGUCGGCGAGCUCACCGGCGGGGGGAGCUUGAAAUCGAAUGUGGCGCUGAUUGAGAAUACUGCAAAGAUCGGCGCCCAAAUCGCGGUUGCGUACGCCAACCUGCUCAAGGACCAAAAGGAAAAGAUCGGAAGUACCGGAGCUAUUCAUGUACCGCAAAUAUCCAAUGAAAUAUACCGUGUGUCCCAGGCCUCCCAGCCCUCCAUUCCGUCCUCUUCACCGCCAUCCCGGCCACCCGCAACUCCCCCCUCCCCCCCAUCCCAACCGCGCGCCCACGCGCCCCUCGUCGUCCUCGGCGCCUCCGCCGUCGACAUCACCGCGCGCCCGCACCCCACGACCGCCGACCUCCAGGCGCACUCCACCGCCCCGGGCAGCGUCGCGCUCUCCCUCGGCGGCGUCGCGCGCAACGUCGCCGAGGCCGCCUUCCGCCUCCUCGCCUCGUCCUCCGCGGUCGCGCUGGUGUCCCCGCUCGGCCGCGACGCCUUCGGCCGCCUGCUCGUGGGCGAGCAGCGCCGCGCGGGGAUGCGCGUCGACGGGCUCGUCGAGGCGCACGCCGCGGAGCGGCGCACGGCGGUGUGUAAUAUGGUGCUGGACCAGCGGGGCGGGCUCGUGGGCGGCGUGGCGGAUAUGGAUGUUGUGAGCGCGAUGAAAGCGCAGGACGCGGUUGCGGCGCUGGAGCGGUUCAGGCCGCGCGUGGUUGGGUUGGAUGCGAAUCUGAAUGCGGAGACGAUUACUGCGGUGGUGAGGUGGUGUAGGGAGCGGAGAGUCAAGAUUUCUGACAUCUCCCGCAGCGAGCCAACUUCAAUCACGAAAUCCACCUCCAUCCUCCCAGCCAUCGCGUCCUCGCUCUCCUCCUCGCCCUCGACGUCUCCCGAAUCCCCCGUGACCUUCGCCUCCCCGAACAUCCUCGAGCUCAAGCACCUCUACCACGCCGCCCGCUCAGAACCGUUCGAGCUCACCGCCCACCCUGCCUGGUGGCAGACCAUCGACGCCUUCUCGCUCUCCUCCGAGUUCCGCACCGACCUCGAGCACCUCUCCCGGCGCGACAUCCCGCAUGCGCAGCAGACGCUCGGGUUCCUAGUCGACGAGGGCGUCGCGCAGAUGGCAGUCAACCUCCUCCCGUUCUUCCAGCACCUCGUCGUCAAGUGCGGCGAGCGCGGGGUGGUCGUUGUGAUGCGCGCGAACGCCGCUACCUCAAAGUGGGUCGCUGAGCGUAGCAACAUCCACGCGCGGUGCGUCGUCGCACACGGCAAGACGGGCGCAGGGGAGAUAGUGGUGCUCAAGCACUUCCCUGCCGCCGCUGUAGACCCGGCGACGAUAGUCAAUGUGACCGGGGCGGGUGACACCCUUGUUGGGAGUAUACUCUCGAGCCUGGUGCGGAACCCCUCUGCAUUCGAGCAUCCAGAGACGAUGGAUCAGGCUAUCGCCCUAGCCCAACGGUGUGCUGUGAUGACGCUGCAGAGCCCUCACGCCGUCUCACCCUUGCUUUCCGAGUUGACAUAG